AUGGAGAAUAUUUCAAACCCCGUCAAGACAAACUCCCAGUGCAACUUCAGCAUGUACUUUCAUUACGACAGUUCUCCCAACCACUCCGAGUUAAACUGUACUCCACCGGCGGAUUACUUCUUUUACGCAGACCUGUACGUAGUUCUCCCGGUUAUUUACUCCGUGAUAUGUGCAGUGGGAUUAACCGGCAACACAGCAGUGAUCUAUGUCAUACUGAAGGCUCCUAAAAUGAAGACAGUCACUAACAUGUUUAUUCUAAACUUGGCAAUUGCUGAUGAUCUCUUCACGUUAGUUUUGCCCAUUAACAUUGCUGAGCAUCUCUUGCACUACUGGCCCUUUGGUGAGGUGCUUUGCAAAAUCAUUUUGAGCAUUGACCACUACAAUAUUUUCUCAAGCAUAUAUUUUCUUACAGUUAUGAGCGUUGAUCGAUACCUGGUAGUUCUGGCCACGGUGCGCUCUAAACGCAUGCCCUACCGUACAUACAGGGCAGCCAAGAUAGUCAGCCUGUGCGUCUGGUUGUUGGUUAUCCUAAUAGUGGUGCCCUUUACAGUGUUUGGCGGAGUCUAUAUCAGCCCAGAGGACACCGAGAGAAAAAGUUGCGUGCUAAGUUUUCCCAGCCCAGAAGGUUUGUGGUUCAAAGCAAGCCGGAUUUAUACACUCAUUCUAGGCUUUGCAAUUCCUGUCUCCACGAUUUGCAUACUCUACACUAUGAUGCUGUACAAGCUGCGCAACAUGAGACUCAACACUAAUGCCAAGGCUCUGGAUAAAGCUAAAAAGAAAGUGACCAUCAUGGUGUUUAUAGUGUUGGCUGUGUGUUUGUUCUGCUGGACUCCAUUCCAUCUCAGCACCAUCGUAGCUCUGACCACAGAUCUGGGCACUACACCACUUGUCAUUGGUAUUUCUUACUUUAUCACCAGUUUGAGUUACGCAAACUCCUGUCUCAACCCAUUCCUCUAUGCUUUCCUGGAUGACAGCUUCAGGAAAGCGUUUAAGAAGAUGCUAGAAUGUAGGGCUGGUUGA